AUGUCAGCUUUCUCAGGCCGGUCUCCCUCGUUUUGGCUGCUGCUACUAUGCACGUCACUCCUACUAGACGUUGUGCUGGCGGCAGAAUAUAGAGUGGACGACGUAGCUUCAGGAAUCACCUACUCGGGGGGAUGGCAACAGGGUGCGGGAUGCACAGGCUGCUUUGCUAAACCAAAUAAGGACAAUGCCUAUGGAGGCACUUGGCAUGAUUCGACUAGGGGCUCCGGUGCAGCCAAUUAUUUCGAGUACACUUUCACCGGUGACGCUGUAUCCGUAUACGGCAUAUUUAUCAAUAUUGUGGCUCGAAAUUAUACAUUCACGACCAACGUCGACCUCACGCUCUCUAUCGAUGGCCAACUCGUAGACACCUUUAAGCACCAACCAGAGGACACAAACUCAUAUGCGUACAACCAGCUGUCCGUCUCUGUCAACGGGCUCCCCGCCAGACCACAUACACUUCGUGUAGAACUACAGCCAUCAUCCAACUUUCUUUUUGAUUAUUUGGUGUACAAUACCCCGGACGUGACCGGCUCAACAUCCAGCUCCUCCAGUUCAAGAAGUUCAUCUUCUUCGACGUCAUCCUCUACCACACAAUCUUCAACUUCGACAUCGACCUCCACUUCACGUCGUUCGUCGUUUUCUACGCUCGGUCCUGUCACGCUCGCCGAUGACCCCGUGACAACUCCGCUCCCGACCCAGGCGAACAGCAACUCCGACCCACAGACUACUACGACUAAAUCCUCCAAUCUGGGCGUGAUAAUCGGCGCGGUAAUAGGCGGCUUUGGCGCACUUUUGCUCCUGCUCUUCCUCAUCUUCUUCUUUUGCUUCAGAAGAAAGCAGCGUCAAAUCCGGCAACAAUUUGAGCAAAACCACAAAGAGGCAUAUGACUCAAAUCCAGUAUUCGACGGCUCACAGUCGCAGCCAUUGGUCUCGAUGACGGGUUUCGGACCGAAUUAUAGCAGCAAUGGCAUGGCAAACUAUUAUAAUUCUGGUGCUCAUGGAGGGCAAAUGAAUGAUAUGGUGAAUCCAUUCGUCCCGGGCAAUGGGACGGUGGUCGUGCCACCUCUGUCGACGAUAGAGAGACUAGGGGAGAAUGGCGUGGACUACUCGAAUCUCAACUCGAAACAGCGGAUGAUGCUCGACCAUACGCAGCCAUACACUUCACUGCAACAACCGACUUAUCCUCCACAACCACUACGGCAAAGCAACGUACCAAUAUGGGUGAGGAAUCUCAGUGACGAUGGAGACAUGUCCAGUCACACGGGUGCGCUCAGUGACGACUCUAGCCCUGGUGGUUUGAGGAGCUUUGUCCCUUCGCGCAUGCAAAGGCAGAGUGAGAGUAAUCAUGGAGGUGCGAGGAGGGGGCCAAGGACGGCAUCUGCGUCUGAGACGAGUGGAUACCUCGAAACCGAAUCCGACUCGACGUCCAACGCAAAUUCGCGGGGAGCAUACUCUGGUAUUGUAGGGCGUUCAUCGAUGGAAAAGGGUUACGCGACCAGCAUAAGCUCGCCAUCGAAUCAGGGCCAUACGGUUCCUCUUCAGCACCUGUCGCAGUCUUUCCAUCCGCUACAAAACCAUCCGUAUGCGAACCCAGAUUCCGCAUUCUCCCACAACCAGACACAAGCCUACGCGCAGCUGGUCGAGCAAAAGGAGAGACGGACACGGGAGGAGCAAGAGGCUGUAGACGAAUUGGCGUUUAUUCACUCUGCCGGGACGAACGAAGAUAGUCAUAGACUGAGUAUGGGAACGACGGCAUAUACAUACACGGACGGCGGGUUGGUCGACCGUCGUGCGCCAUCUGCACCGCCGCCGUAUAUCCGUUCGCCACCACUACCAGAUGCACCGGUUCCAUCUGUUGAUGUGAGUGUGCUCAAUGGAGGUGUGCCGCCUGUACCACCAUUGAGGGAAAAAGCCGGAUGGGUGUAA